AUGACAACAGAAAACCAACAAAUAAAUAAAUCAAAACCAUCGCCAUUAACUAAUGUUGAUUCCUCUGGGAAAAUGCAAGGAUGGUUUAAAUUAAUUGAAACAAUCCGUAAAUCAGGUACACAACCAAACGAACAAAUUAGAUCAUCACCGAACAGUAAUUUAAAUAACAAUCUUAAUAGAGGUCCAUUAUUAAAACAACAAAAUUCAUUUGACAAACUUUUACCAUCAACAAAUACAAAUGGUCAUUCAUUAAAAUCACCUGAAACAAUAAAUGCAAUAGAUUCACCACCCAAUAUAUUUAAUUCACCAUCCAUUAUAAGUGUAGAAUCAACACCAGGACAAAUAAUAGAAGAUGUACCUUCUAUAGAAUUUGAAUCAACAUCACGAUUAAUAAGAGAAAGUAUACCUUUAAUUGAAAUCGAAUCAUCAACAACUACUGCAGCAUCAUCACCAACAUCAACAGGUUCAAAAAGUGAGACAUCUUUACGAUGUCCAUUAAGACAAACAUUGCCGAUAUUUAAACAGCCAGUUACUUAUUAUCCUACGCAACGUGAUGAAGUUAAGCCACAAGUUAUUAAUUCAAAUAAUCCAACAACAACAAAUACUAAUAGUGGUGGAAAACCAAGCGAAAAAACAAAACCAAGACAACUUUUUUGGGAAAAACGAUUUCAAAAUAUACGUCCGACGGAUAUCGAUGGACAACCUUUUGAACAUUUUAAAUUACCCGAACAAAUUAAAGGUGUCGGCCUUAAUAUGUCACCCGAAACGAUUGUUAUAAGUCUCGCAACAUCACUUCAUUUAUAUAGUAAUUCACGUGCACUUUUUGGUCAAAGUAAACAAUUUCAAAAAAAUCCAACUAUUCAUGUUCAACGUGAUCAACCAUUAAUUGAAUAUGUUACAAUUACUGAUGAACAUAUUCGUGCUCAAGAAGGUAAAGUCAAUGAAUUACGUCGACGUAUUCAACAAACAAUGCAUAGCAAUAAUAAUAGUGCCAAUAUGAAAAUGGAAGCCUAA